AAGAGGAGAAAAGCAGACGACGAGAAUGAGCAAUAUAUCCCAUAACCUUAAAUAUUAAAAUAAUUUCUGAUCUUUGGAGUAUUCAUCAGUAUUAGGAGUGAUUAUAUGAUAUUAUCUUGUUACACAAUUUGAGAGUUUGAUGUUAAGUUGUUUUCAUAUAAUUAAAUUUAUAACUGUGAUUGUGAAAAGAAAGACUUUUUAGUGAAUAUCUGAAAAUAUAUGGAUAGUCAUUGUACACGAAACUGCUGUUAUAGAAAAGAUGGGCCAUGGAUCAAGCAGAUCAGCUUCUUCUGCAAACAUUCUCUCAGCGGAAGAGUUAAUAUUAGUGGAGAACCUUUUCAAGUCUAUGUCUCGAAGUUCUGGUUCGAUUAAGCGUGAAGACAUUUUUAAACAUUGGUCGAUUCACUUGGAUGAAGAUCUUCUCCAAUUUGUAGUACGUUUUCUUUGCCACGAACCCGGCAAAAGAAGUUCUGCUGUUAAUGGCGAAAACUUUGGACGCCUUUAUGUUUAUGCAGUACGUGGAAAUUCUGAAGAACGUACGAGUCUCAUCUUUAAUGGAUUUUUCGAGGGAGAUCAGAAGUACGAAAUACCUGCUGCUACUUUUCUUCAAUAUGUAGAAAGUACCAUCAGUUCUUAUUUAAGGAUACAUAAAAAUUGUGCAAGUUUACACUAUCAAAGUUGGAGUAGUAUUGGCUGCACGGUUAACGUAAGAAGAAUCAGUAUGAGGGCUAAAAGUUUAUGCGAAGAAAUUUUACAAUACGGAGAUAGUUUGACAGUUGACCAAAUAGAUAACUGGUUUAGUCAUGCUUCUACUUUUAAAUUAAUCCAAUCACAUGUAUUUCAGUGCCUCUUUAUAGUUUCUCAAAAGAAGAAUGAUAAAAACACAGCAACACGAGUACAUGACCUGAAUCUCUUACCGAUUUGUAAAGGUUUAGAGAACAUUCCACAUUUUCCCAGUAUUCUAGGUAUUGGAGACGUACUAUUUCUAAAUUUGAGUUUACCUCAUGAAAUGCAAAACGAAUGGAGAUUCCUUUUUUCAAGUCAAGUUCACGGUGAAUCUUUUUCUACAAUGUUGGGGAGAAUUUCGAUGCAAGGUUCGACGAUUAUAAUCGUUCAGGAUUCAGAUGAUCAUGUUUUUGGGGGAUUUGCUACGGAAAGCUGGACACUUAGUCCAAACUAUAAAGGAAAUCAAUCUUGCUUUUUGUUCAAACUAAACCCUGAGAUUUUGACGUUUCCAUCAAGUAAUUAUAAUGAUCAUUACCAAUAUUUGAAUCUACAUCAGCAGACAAUGGUCAACGGUUUGUUAAUGGGAGGUCAACAUAAUUACCCAGGAUUAUGGUUAGACUGUGAAUAUGGAACAGGGAAGUCAAGUGUUUCCUGUACAACUUUCUCGAAUUAUGUUCAAUUAAGUAGUAAAGAGGACUUUCACAUAAAACAUCUUGAAGUCUGGGGAGUUGGUUCAGUGCCGGAAAUGGAAGAAGAUUUGAGAGAUUCCAAAUCAAUUUUAGAUCAAGAUCCUGCUUCGAAGGUUAUGCUUGAAUUAUCGGGACGCAAAUUGCACAGCGAGGGAAUAAGAGAAGAGAGACAAACCUGAGGGUCGUUUCGAAGGUUGAGUAAACGCGUUUUCUUCGUUAAGAAUUAAAUGUAUUUACGAGACUUUCAUUAUGAAGCCGAGUCUCAGUGACUCAAGUAAAACGAUUUGUGUAAAAAAUAAACAUUAUAAUUGACUUUCAGGUAAAUGCGUUUAUACGAUACUAAAACAGAUAAUACAAAACGAAACUUCUGUGUCUGUGAAACUAUCAAUGUACAUAUGUACAUUUUAGUCAUAUAUUUAUUUAACUAUAAGUUAAUUUUAAGCGUCAUAGAGAGCAUCGAAUGAUCGUUAUACUCACAACGGCCUGAUAUACUAAUUGGAAAUUAACUUUACUCAUUGUUAAUUGUUUGGUAUAUAGCUUUAUUAACUACGAAAAAUAAUUAAUGUUUCGACAAAAUGUGAUAUGUCGUUUCUAUUGUAAUUUCGUUACAUAUCUUAACUGCUGUUUCUAUUUCUUAAGUAUCAUGUUGAUUAGUAAGAUGAUAUUUAUAAUUCUCGAUUUUCUAGCCCACCUAGUCAUUUUUUUCUUUGUCAAACACAAUAUGUUGAUAUGUUCAUUCUCCUCUCGAUACACGAUUUAUACCAUAAAGAUAAACAUUUCUUUUUAAACGUUCGAAAAACAACUGUUAUAUUAUAAAAAUUGAGAAACUAUGAAAGUGAAUAAAACAAGGUUAAUAAUAUUAUCAAA